AUGAUCUUACUUGGUCGCUUUCACAAAAUUAUAAAUUUCCAAAGUAGACCACACCGAUGGUCUUGUGUUUCUUCGGAAAUUACAUUCUUUUCAUCUCAAAUUUAUUUAACCAAUCAGUGCAAACACUUUCAUCAAUCCUUCAUUUCCAAUGCAAAAUCCAAUCUCUCAUCAAACUCAAAUCACUCGCAAAAUACCAAACGAUUGGCCAUCAUUGGAGGAGGAGCAGCAGGCCUCAUGUCAGCUAUUUUUGCACAGACUCAAGCACUUCAAACUCUUCAACGAUCAAAAAACAAUUUGAAAACCAUUCCACAAGAAAUUGAAAUUUAUGUUUUAGAGAGAAAGCCUCAAUGUGGACGAAAAAUUCUAAUGAGUGGGGGCACUCGAUGUAAUUUAUUACCACACGAAUCGAAAUGGCCAAAAAUUCUCAAAAAUAAUUUAAACCAUGCAAACUCCAAUUUUGGAAAUGCAGAUUUGGAAUUGAAAUAUUUCACAACAAGUCCAGAAUUAUUAAUCGAAAUUUUAAAAACAUGGCCCAUUGAAAAACAAAAAGAAUUCUUUGAAAAGAAUUUAAAAAUUGCGUUAGAAUUAGAAGAAGAGACUGGAAAAUAUUUUCCAGAGUCCAACGAUGCAAAACAAGUAUUAACCUCGUUGUUACAAUUCAUUCAAGAUCGAAACACUGAACAGGUUAAGGUAAAAAUUAUGACCGAUUGUAAUGUAAAUGGAUUGGAAAAAGACGAAUUUGGAAAUUGGAAAAUUUCUUUUUUAAAUGAUCAAGAAAUCAACAAAUCAUCACAAUAUCCUUCUCAAUAUUUGAAUUGUCACUCCGUCAUUCUCUCAAGUGGUGGGCUCAGUGUCAUUAACAGUGAUGGAUAUGGCAUUCAACUUUUAGAGCAACUAGGCCAUGAAAUUAUUCCACUCUAUCCAGCGUUAAAUCCUUUAAUUUAUAAUCCCGAAAUGAAACAUAUUCUCAAAGAAUUGAGUGGUGUUACUCUUCCCAAUGUCACGGUCAGCGUGUAUUUGAAAAAGGAACAUGAACAAGUAUUACUCUAUCAAUCUUUGGAACCAAAAGGAUUCCUAUUUACACAUACUGGAUAUUCAGGACCAGCUAUUCUUAAUGCCUCUCAUGCAACCAUCUCUGGACUAUUGUGUCAAGAAACGUUGAAAUCAAUUCCAAAUCCUCAGUCAAGUGUUGAGGAUGACAUUCGUUCACAUUCCUCUUAUGCCAAAAUUGAAAAAUCCAUUAUUGAAAAAUUAAUUUACAAAGUUCAUACUCAACACGAUGCUGUUUCAUUGCAUGUUCAUUGGACACCUCAAAUUUCCGCUCAGGAUUGGGACAAAAAAUUCACACUCGCCAAACAACAAAACUCCAAGCUCCUCUUGAAGAAUUUUAUUCACAAAAAUUCUGAACCAAACUUUUUACCUAUUCGACUCGUUCAACUCAUUACUGACAGCGUGAAUUUAAGUGACGUUCCAGUUUCACAAUUAAGUCUUUCCCAGAAAAGACAAAUUAUUUCACAACUCACAAGUUUUGAAUUACCUUAUCAAACCAACAUGUCCUUUAAGAAAGCGGAGGUCACUGGAGGUGGGUGCGAUUGGAUCAAGUUUCCACGAGUACCUUAG